UCACCCGCGGUCGCCUCGGGCGGGAUCGGUGGCCCCGAAGCGCAAAGCCAGACGCACCCCCUUCCUGUCCCCCCCCAUCUCCCACCGCCCAGUCCCCCGGCAGCGAUGAGACAGAGCGGCGCCACCCAGCCCCUGCUGAUCAACAUGUACCUGCCAGAUCCCGUCGGAGACGGUAUCUUCAAGGAAGGGAAAAGCCCGAGCUGGGGGCCGCUAAGCCCCGCGGUACAGAAAGGCAGCGGUCAGAUUCAGCUGUGGCAGUUUCUGCUCGAGCUGCUGGCCGACCGCGCAAACGCCGGCUGCAUCGCGUGGGAGGGUGGCCACGGCGAGUUCAAGCUCACUGACCCGGACGAGGUGGCUCGGCGCUGGGGCGAGCGCAAGAGCAAGCCCAACAUGAACUACGACAAGCUGAGCCGCGCACUGCGCUACUACUACGACAAGAACAUCAUGAGCAAAGUGCAUGGCAAACGCUACGCUUAUCGCUUCGACUUCCAGGGGCUGGCGCAGGCCUGCCAGCCGCCGCCCGCGCACGCCCACGCCGCCGCCGCCGCCGCCGCCGCAGCUGCAGCCCAGGACGGCGCGCUCUACAAGCUGCCCGCCGGCCUCGCGCCGCUGCCCUUCCCCGGCCUCUCCAAACUCAACCUCAUGGCGGCCUCGGCGGGCGUCGCGCCCGCGGGCUUCUCCUACUGGCCGGGCCCGGGCCCCGCCGCCAGCGCCACCGCAGCGCUCUACCCUAGUCCAGGUUUGCAGCCCCCGCCGGGGCCCUUCGGCGCGGUGGCCGCCGCCUCGCAUUUGGGGGGCCACUAUCACUAGGCAGGACGCCCGGCCGCGCGCACGGCCUCCCCACAGCCUCGCCGCCAACUCCCAUCCUCA